AUGACUUACCUCAAUAAUACAGGCAUUCAUCAACUAUCCACAACAAAAAACUCUUAUCAAAACACACUACACUAUUAAAAAAUUCACGUUAAUGUCGCAUGAAACACAAGGUUACGUUAGAAAACUGACAGAUAAAUGGCCUACUAGUGAUGACGUCAUGAUUUCAGUGGAGAGGCCUUGUCUAUAGGUGGUGUUGUGCUACCACAGAUGUAUCUAGGUGUACUAUAGGGGAUAUGAUAGUUUUCCCGCGUUUUUAGUGACACACGACAUAUUAUAGUGCAUUAUAAUUAAUUACAAUUGAAAUCAGUUGAUAUUGUGAAAGAAGAGGGUGAAUUACUGAGGGUUCAAAGCAUUUGCUUAGUGCGCAGACGCAACUUUAUUCCCACACAGCGCAUCACUGGAUUCAACACGCUCCAUGAAAUCGUACCUUUAGUCAGCAGAUGAUAAUUGCAUUCUCCAAAAUAACUCGAGUAUAUUUAGGUAUGUUUGCGAAUAUUUAAUAUGGAUGCAUUUUAAUUACGAAGACCAAUGUGAGCAUUUCAUUAAGAUGUCAACGUUUCUUGGAUUUAUCGAAGAGAUACCAGGCAUAUCAGUCGAUCGAUUUAAUGAAAAGAACUGCGAUUCCUCUAUAUAUUUCCUUAGUCAUUGUCAUACUGAUCAUAUGCAAGGUUUGACCAAUCAAUUUUUUAAACAUUUACAACAAUGUAACAGAUAUCUUUAUUGUAGCGAAAUUAGUAAAACUUUUUUACAAGCUAAGUAUCGUUACACAGACACCUGUGUAAAGCAUAUUGAUAUUGACAAAAAAGAACUUUUAGAAUAUAAAAGCGAUAUGAAUAAAAACGAUAAUGUUGAUGUUCUUUACGUAACGUGUAUUUCUGCUGGCCAUUGUCCUGGCUCUGUAAUGUUUCUCUUUGAAAAAACUGAUAAAUUAAUACUAUAUACUGGAGAUUUUAGACUUGACCCAAGAUCUUAUAAAGAUAUAGUACCGUUACAUUUCCAGAGAAACUUCAAUGAAUUUCCAAGGAAACUUGCACAAAUAUAUUUAGACACAACAUUCUUGGAUCCUAAUUAUACCUUUUUACCAUCUAGGAAAGAAAGUAUCAGAGCGAUAUGUAAAGUUACUACAAAAUGGCUAAAAGAUAACUCCAAGAAUAUUGUUGUUCUAGAAUGUCCUGCUUUGUACGGAUACGAAUCUAUCUAUAUAGAACUAUCGAAAGCGUUGAAUGAAUGUAUUCAUAUUAAAGAUUUUGUUUCUGAGAAUUAUUAUAGUAUCCCACAUUUGGCACGUUACGUUACAAAUGAUCCACAAACACGCAUUCAUGCUUGUACUAAUAAAAAUGAGCGUUCGGGUUUGAAAUGUCGCAGUAUUCCUGAGGAGAAUAUCCUAUUUAUUGUACCAUCUGUAUUACAGUGGGAGAAAAAAGAUGCGAGUGUGAUAGAAGAGUGGAAUAAUGCUAGAGAAAGGACAUAUAAUGUUUGUUUUUCCACUCAUGCUUCUUUUGAUGAACUUAAGAAGUUUAUAUUAUAUUUCAAGCCAGAGAAAAUACAUCCUUGUGUAUGUCCACCAGGUUUUGAACGUAAAAUAUAUUCUUUGCUAAAUGAAAUUCAAAGCAAAAUUGGAAAAGAAAAGAAUGUGGUGCAAAAUUGUGAAAACUAUACAUUGCAAAUCCUUGAACAAGUCGAAGUUACAAAUAAACAGUGGAUUAAGCAUUACUUUCACAAAGUUAAUAAAAACUACUCUUGACAGUAAUGGAUACAUAAAUGCACAUAUAGAUAUUUAUAAUAUUAUAGUAUAUUAUAGUAUUUGAUAAAUAUUUGCUUCUUUAGUCUAAUUUUUUUUGUGGAUCCAAUACUUUUGUAUGAGUUUCACAACCAAACAUUUGUAAGGAUUUUAUAUGGCAUUUAUGACAAAAAAUUUAAAUUUGUAAGUUUUACAUAGUGUGUAU